UUGGAGAACCCCGUUGCCUCCGAUGGAGCGAUCCCGCUUGUGAGACUUCCAGCCGUCGAUACUCCACGUCAAAGCAUGGCUCUUCUAGGAGCGCAAUUGGUCAUUACCCUUGUAAUGGUCAGUGUCAUACAAAAGCUGAGUCCACAUUUCUCCUUUGCGAGAUGGAUCCUAUGUUCCACUGGAUUGACACGAUAUCUGUAUCCAACAGAUCAGCAGCUCAGAGCGUUAGCUGGCGUGCCAAAGGAAAAACCAAAGAGGGGAAAAUACAGUGAGAAUGGCAAAGUAGGAGAUGUGUUUCACGUCCCUAGAAAUCUGGAUAUCACGCUUGAAAGUGCAAAAAUAACUACUCUCGAUGUAGUGCACUUGAAAUAUUACACUGAAUAUCAGUGGCUAUUGGACUUCUCCGUAUAUGCUAUCAUUGUUUAUGUACUGACAGAGGCGUACAAUUAUUUAUAUCCAAUCAAAGAUGAGAUUAAUCUCAGUAUACUAUGGUGUGUGGUGGUUUUGGGCUUUGCAUUCAAAGUACUGCUUUCUCUCUGGGUACAAUAUUUCAAGGGUGAAGAAAGUGUUGGUGAAAGGUCUACAUGUAUCGUUACUGGAUUUGCAUAUCUUCUUAUUGCUAUGAUGGUACUCAUAGUUGAUGAAAAUAAAUUGGAAAUUGGGUUGGAAAAGGCGUAUACAAGUUUCAAUCAUAGCGCUUCUCGUUUUUUAGAUACUCAAGGACUUUCUUCGACGGGACCAGCUUCAAAAAUUGUUUUGAAGUUUUUCCUUGCUAUAUGGUGUGGUCUAUUGGGAUCUUUGUUUACUUUCCCAGGAUUGAGAGUGUCAAAAAUGCAUUGGGAUACGUUAAAGUAUUACAAAGAUCAUAAGUUAUUAUUGCUAAUAGCAAAUAUUAGCUAUGCCUCGCCACUUUUGUUGGUGAGCCUUUGGAUUACACCUAUAAGUAGGGAUUAUUUAACAGUACGGAUAUUCAGUGGCAUGACUGCUCCAUUAAUGACAGUAGCAAGGUUUGAGAGUUUGAGGUUGAUCAUUAUUGUUGUUGCCGGAUUAUUAAAAAUUGUACUCAUGCCAAUAUAUCUGCAAUCUUAUUUAAAUCUCGCCAUUCAAAGAUUAGAAAUUCAAAAGAAAGAAGCUGGUAGAAUAACUAAUGUUGAUUUACAGAAAAAGAUUGCAGCUGUAUAUUAUUACCUAUGUGUAGUGGCGCUACAAUUUGUUGUUCCCAUAAUUAUAUGUUUAUUUUUUACAUUUUUGUACAAAACAUUGGGUGGUUUUACUUGGGAAGGCAUUAUAAAGGGAACACUGGAGGAAGAAUGUCCAGCGGAUGAGUUACCGAAGUCACUAUCAUCUACAAUUAGUACUGAUAAUAUCGACAAGACUGUUAUACAAACUGCUGAAGAAGUUCAACUUGCGCUAGGUUCAUUGAAACAGAUAUUUACCACGGAUGUGUACAGAGGUGUCUUAGGACUGGCGACGUGGUGGAGUUGCUUCGCGUUAUUUGCGACUAGCGCCAUGGGCAUGUUUUAUCAGUCAUAUUUCUCGAACACAUAAAAUGAUAAAAGAAAAAAUUCAGGCGUUGCAUAAAAUUUUCAUUAUUCACAAAUCAGUCAUUAUUAUUACAAUCAACGUUUUCCAUUGAGAGACAUAUUUUCAGAUUAUCUAUUUUAACGCCUAUCGCCAAAUAAUUAGGAUAACGGAUAAUGUAAGAUUUUGUAAUGCAGUAUCACAAUUGUAUUGUAAAUAAAGACAUUCUGGGACUUAAAUCAAAA